UGGAGGAGAUGGAGAGCCUGGCCGUGGGGCCGGGAGGGCAGCGAGAGGUGGUGGAGCAGCUGGAGAACCCGGCCAUGGAGCCCGGCGGGCAGAGGGAAGUGAUGGAGCAGCUAGAGAACCCGGCCGUGGAGCCCGGCGGGCAGAGGGAAGUGAUGGAGCAGCUGGAGAACCCGGCCGUGGAGCCGGGCGGGCAGCGGGCGACCGAGCAGGAGAUGGUGCAGAGCCCUGCGGAGGGCGGCGGGGAAGCCCAGGCCCCUCUGCCCCCAGCCGCGGGACCGCGCCGCUCGCCGCCGCCCGCCUGGCCCCGCUCUCCCGUUGCCGCCGAGCUCUCGUCGGACUCGGACAGUGAUUCAGAUUCAGAUAGUUCAUCAAGCACACUCUUCUCUUCAUCCUCAUCUUCAUCUUCAGCAGUAUCUGAUGAAGAUGAUCAUCCAAAUGAGAAGGAUAACAGAUCAUACUGUCUUAGGACAAAGGAUGAGUUGCCUAUUGAUAAAUUGCCUCCUGUUGAAGACUUAUCAAUAAUUCUUCCAGAUAAUGUUGAACUGAAGCUCUUUGGGACAGUUUCCAGCGUCAUUGAGCAGCUAGUAAUAAUCGAAUCAAUGAAAGGCCUGCCUCCAGUAAAUGAGGAAAGCAUAAUUUUUAAAGAAGAUCGUCAAGCAGUAGGAAAGAUAUUUGAGGUAUUUGGUCCUGUUUCACAUCCUUUUUAUGUGAUAAGAUUUAACAGCUCUGAGCAUAUCAAAGAGAAAGGUAUUAAUGUGCAAGAUAGCAUGUAUUUUGCUCCAUCAGUAGAGGACUUCACCCAGUAUAUAUUUGCAGAAAAACUAAAACAGGAAAAAGGUUCAGAUGCAUCUUGGAAGAAUGACCAAGAACCACCACCUGAAGUUUUGGAUUUCAGUGAUGAUGAAGAAGAAAGAGAGGCAAAACAGAAGAAAAGAAAAUCUCAAAGUCAAGGAAGGAAGAAAAUCCGAUCAGAAGCCCUUCCACCAAGUGAGAAUAAAGAACUUCAUCACUCAGUGCAACAGCCUGUUUCAAGUUACUCAAGGGGAUACCGUGGCAGAGGGUUCUCCAGGGAUCUGUUUCCUCCUCCAUCAGGCCCUCGAGGGUUUUUCAGAUCACAAGUAAGACCACCACCACUGUACUUUUCAGACUGGAGGAUGAACCAGGAACCACCAGUGUUCCCACCACCUCACAGAAGAGAAAACCCAAUGAUGCAACAGUAUGGCUUCCCUCCUCCAGAUUUUGGUUAUGUCAGUGAUUGGCAUCAAUUCCCCCCUCCGCCUUCAAAUAUGAAUGUGAUGUGGACAGGCCCAAACACGUACAAUUCAUCCUGCUCAUUUCUGCCACCACCGCCGCCGCCGCCACCUCCUCCUCCAGACAGCCAUCCUCCUCAGUUUGGGCCUUACUGAGAUUCCAUAUGGGUUCAUGUACAGCACUGCAGUUUACAGGGAGAAAGAACAGCCUGCCAGGACUGCAUUCCCUUAUUCUGGAGAUGCUUUCUUUUACUGCAGUGGUAGAACAAAUGCGGAGUUUUGUGCUUUGUGGGACAUCUGUAGGAAAUUAUUUUUUUCUGUGUAUGUUUUCUGUUUCCAAAAAGAAAUUUAUAUGAUAAAAAUAACUGAAUAUUGAAUAAUAGUUUAUUUUUAUAUCUGCUACUUUAAGAUGAUAAAUAAAAGCCUUUUGGAAGUUGGUAUGUA